AUGGCCCCCAGUCCAUACGCCGACCGACAACCGACUUCUGCAAAUGCUGAUUCGGUUCGCGGCGGCGAAAAUUGCAUUUUCUUCAUCGUCGAGCAGAGGAACGAGAAAAGGCAGAGCAGCAGAAAAAGAGGAAUCGAUGUUGGACCCGACUUGUUCUGCGCGGUGACUGUUUUAAAUUCGGCCCGGCGGCGAUCGACUACCGUUCGUCGGAUUUGUCGUUUGUUGACUCGAAACUCACUGAUUUCAUUGACAAAGUUUCCUAAGUUGACUCGGUCGAAAAGAGGCGACUGGCAGCGAAACGAGUGGUGCUGA